CACCGGCAAAACUCGGAAAAUAACGACAUUAGCCUAGGCCUAACUAAACAUUCAAUGAAUGAAUCACUUUUAUCAAAUUAAUUUUUAUAAACUAGAAUCUAGAUUCUCUACAUUCCUAAAUUAAGCACGUAAUUGAGUUACCAGAAGCCAUCAUCAUGACAGAACAAAUGGAAAUCGAUGACUCGUUAUAUAGUCGUCAGCGAUAUGUAUUAGGUGAUAGUGCUAUGCAUCGAAUGGCCAACUCAUCUGUUCUUGUGUAUGGAAUGGGAGGCGUUGGAAUUGAAAUAGCCAAAAAUAUUGUCUUAGCAGGUGUCAAGUCCAUAACAGUGCAAGAUCCAAAUAUCUGCACAGUCAAGGAUUUGGGCACCCAGUUUUUUAUUAGAGAUGAGGAUGUUCAGUCUUCCAAAUACAGAGCAGAAGCCUGCUGUAAGCACUUAGCUGAGUUAAAUCCUUAUGUCAGCAUUAUGAGUAUCAUGCAAUCAUUGUCUAGCAGUUCUGAGUUGACCUACUUAAAAAACUACCAGUGUGUUAUUCUAACAGAAUUACCCUUGCAUCUUCAAAUAAAGAUAAAUCGAUUUUGUAGAACAGCAUCUCCACCAAUUAAAUUCAUAUCAUCAGAUGUUUAUGGAAUACUUGGUUCAGCUUUCAUUGAUUUUGGAGAAAACUUUGAUAUAUUUGAUAGCACUGGAGAGGAACCAAAAGAUAUUUUCAUUGGCAGCAUUACAAAGGGUAACCCUGGUGUUGUCAGCUGUCUUGAAAACAGAUAUCAUGGUCUUGAAACUGGUGAUAUUGUAACCUUCAGAGAAGUGCAGGGAAUGACCAAACUAAAUGGUCAACAGUUUACCGUAAAAGAGGUGAAUUCCUUUUCUUUUAGUAUCGGAGAUACUACUGGUCCAGAAUAUGAACCAUAUGAGCAAGGAGGCAUAUUUACCCAAGUUAAAGUUCAUACCAAAACUAACUUUGAAUCUCUAGAGCAGCAAAUCAUUAAGCCUAAACUGAUGAUGCCUGAUUUGUGUAAAUUUGAUACUCCACCAAUUUUACACUUGAGCUACCUGGCUUUACAUAAAUUUAUAGAAGAUUUCAAGUCUUUACCUAAAUCAUGGGAUGAUGCAGAUGCAGCAAAGUUUGUUGACAUAGCAAAGAACAUAAAUGAGUCAUUGGAAAACAAAGUUGAUAAUUUGAAUGAAAAUCUUCUGCAAGCUAUAUGCAGAUGUAGUGAAGGUAGUCUUGCACCCCUAUGUGCUAUCUUUGGAGGUGUGGUUGCACAAGAAGCAUUAAAAGCUUUGACAGGAAAGUUUACACCUCUUAACCAAUGGUUAUAUCUUGAUGUUGCUGAAGUUCUACCUCAAGAACCUAUCAUAGAUGUAAAACAAUUUUCACCACAUGGUGACAGAUAUGAUUCUUUGAGAAUUUGCAUAGGAGAGGACAGAUGUCAAGUUUUAGCUGAUACUAAACUUUUUAUGGUUGGUUGUGGUGCCAUUGGCUGUGAAAUGUUAAAAAACUUUGCAUUGUUAGGUGUUGGCACUAGAUCUGGAAAGCUUACAAUUACAGAUAAUGACCUAAUAGAAAAAUCUAACCUAAACAGACAGUUCUUGUUUCGACCUUGUCACAUUCAGAAACCAAAAUCAGUGACAGCAAAACAAGCUGCAUUAGAGAUAAACAAAGAUUUGCAGAUAGAAGCACACCAACACAGAGUGGGACCACAUACAGAGGAAACAGUCUACACAGAUGCAUUUUUUGAAAGUCAAGAUAUUAUUGUUAAUGCUCUGGAUAAUGUAGAAGCAAGGCGUUAUAUGGAUGGGCGCUGUGUUACAAACCAACGACCUUUAAUGGAAUCAGGAACAAUGGGAACAAAGGGUCAUGUUCAAGUGAUUGUUCCACAUUUAACUGAAUCCUACACAAGUCAGCAAGAUCCUAAAGAUGAAGAUUUCCCUUACUGCACAAUAAAGUCUUUUCCUGCAACUCUGGAGCAUUGUAUUCAAUGGGCUAGAGAUAAGUUUGAAGCUCCUUUUGUACAAAAUGCACAACUUUUUAACAAAUUUUGGGAGAAAAAUAAAGACAUCAAGGAAGUAAUUAAGAAACUAGAAAAUGGCAUUGCUGUUGAGGGGGCUGUGAAAGUGAGCAAAAUUCUGACAAAUAGGCCAAGCAAUUGGACAGAUUGUGUAUCCCUAGCAAGAAUCCGUUUUGAGCGCUAUUUUAAUCACAAGGCAAAAGAGUUGCUUCAUGCAUUUCCAAUAGAUAAAAAGCUUGAAGAUGGAGCAUUAUUCUGGGGUCCUCCCAAAAGACCACCAACCCCCGUUGUGUUUGACCCAAGUAAUGAUAUGCAUAUGCUUUUCGUAGUUACAACAGCAAGAUUGAUAGCAGAUGUAUACAACAUCCAUAAAAGUCAAGAGGAUUCUGAGUUGAAAAAUAUCAUUGACAUUUUGUCAACAGUUACUGUUCCAGAAUUUAAGCCAUCAAACAAGGCCAUAGAGACUGAUGAAUCAGUUAAGAAAGAUGAAUCACCUCCCGAACACCUCUCAGGAGAUGUUGUCAAAGAGGCUGGAUUAAGGUUGAGGAAAUUACAAGAGAGCCAACUAAACCCAAGUCCAUUAAAUGCUUUGGAAUUUGAAAAAGAUGAUGACAGCAAUGGUCAUAUUGAUUACAUAACCUCCACUACAAACCUGCGUGCACAGAUGUAUAACAUAAACAUAGGAGACAGGUUUAAAAUAAAAAGAAUAGCUGGCCGUAUUGUUCCUGCCAUUGCCACAACUACGGCUGCAGUUUCAGGGCUUGUCACUCUGGAAUUGAUCAAAGUUCUAUGUAAGCUUCCAUUCCAAAAGUUAAGAAACUGUUUUCUUAACUUAGCUUUACCCACAUUACUGAUGUCAGAGCCAGGACCUGCAGCUAAAACUGUUUUACGAGAGGGUCUCAGUGUAACACUAUGGGACAAGUGGGAAGUACGAGGCACACAGACAUUUACAUUACAAAACUUUAUAGAUUCAUGCAAGGAAAAGUUUGGAUUUGAAGCAAACUCAAUUGUGCAAGGAGUGAAAAUAGUGUACAUGCCAUUUAUGCCUGGCCAAAAUAAAAAACUACCAAUGCAGAUGACAAGUCUACUGAAACCUGUACCUGGCCAAAAAUAUGUGGACCUUGUUGUAUCUUUUGAUGGAGAUAAUGGUGAUGAUGUGCCAGGUCCACCUGUUAGAUAUUUCUUUUAGGCUUGGAUUUGGGAUCACUUACACAAUAGAUGGUCAUACAAACUGUGAUGUUUUUAAAAUGUAUUAUUAAAUUUUAAAAUGAUUCAUCUAUGAAUGACCAUAGAUGAUAACAUCAAAUAAAAAAAAUGAUGAACUAAAUUAUUGUACCCAUGGUACAUUUCAUCCCAUACCCCACUGGAUUUUGUAGAUGGUAAGUGGUAGGUGAGGCUGUUGUAUUACUGAGUUACCUGGUGCUGUACACGAGCCUGGUAUUAUGGUUGCCAUAGAAACCCUGUCAUGCCAUGUCUGGAGCUGUCACAUCAGACAUCUGUGGGUUCGCCAGAAAGGCUCUCAUCAGAGUGGUUCUUUAGAUUUUAAGAUCACUCUCCCUCAUGCUAUAACAUUUGAGCUUUAGUCAUUCUACUUCUUGCCAUCAUGUAGCUUCAGUCAUUCUACUUGUUGCAGUUACAAUUUAUCUGCAGUACUUUUUUUGAGCAGAUUUCAAAAGAAUGUUGGAGAUUGUUCGUUUGUUUUUGUUUUUUUAAUAUAGCUUCUAGGAACUACCUAAUUUGUAAACAUUUUAGAUGUUAAGCCAAGUAAAAUCAUUGUGGUUAAAUUAAACCAAGAAAUAAUGUUGCAGCUUCUGGUAUGCUGUGUAAAUGUUACAAACUUAGACCAAUGAUGUCUUAGUAUUAGCUUUUGGUGUCAGUAAAAAUGUCCCUAAAUAGAGAUUGUUAUAAAACUGACCAGAGUUAUGGAUAAACAUACUGACGCCUUUGAACAUGUUAUAUGAUUGAGGUUAUGUUAUAGUUAUAUUUGCUGUUUGAUUGAAUAGUUAAUUGUUUUAUUAAUUUAUCAGGAUCAAUAUCUUAUUGGUGUCUGUACAUUUGUCAGUUUUUCAGCUUCAUUUAUUUUCAUUUUUAUGGCUUCAAGUUUGUGAAGCAGCAUAUGUAACUGAGGUCAUUCCUGCCUAUACAUAAGUUGUUGUAUGCCUAGUCAUUGGUUCAAACAAUUAAUCAACCAACAGCUGUUCUAAAGUUGUCUUUUAUGAGAGGCAGUAAUUUCAUUAUGUGUUCAUCAGUCAAGCUGCUCUACAAAAUUGUUUGCCUAAGAUUGGGGUUGAAAAACAAUAAAGUUAAUAAAUAAAUUUAAUGCUUG